UUUGACUUCUCUCCUCAGAGUAAUUUCACUCCAGUGUUGGGCUGGAAAAGGCUGCAGCAAAACUCCUGAAAUUGCAGAAAAUACUCUUUUUGGUACUUUCUUUCAUUCAGGCUCAGGCUAACCCAACAUGGCUGUUGAGUAUCGGGCAUCCACAAACAUGGACAUGGAAGAAAGCAAAAUUGGCUACAAGUUGUUUCUGAUGGAUGGCAACAACAUCAGCUACUCAGUGAGAAACAACCCAUUCAAGAUUGCUACCAUCUGCCUGGGGAUUCUCUGUUUCCUCCUGGUGGCUGGUGGCAUCGGUCAAAGCCUGUACUACCGCAAAAUGAACGGCGACAAAAGUGGCAUGAUAGAAACCUUGAACAAAGAAAAGCUGAUUUUAGAAGAAAACAUGAAGACAACUGAGAAGAAGAAACUGGAUGUAGAAGCUCAGCAGAGUCAGUUAAAGCAGACUAAUGUCCAGUUGUCCAAAAAAAAUGAUCAGUUGCAGACCAAUUACAACUCCCUGGCUGAAGAGAGAACCAAAAUGGAAGAUGAGAAAAAACAGUUACAGACCCAAAUUACUUCUCUAACCAAAGACAUUGAAAACCUCAGGGCCAGUAAAAACUCUCUGGACAUCAAUAACAACCAACUGUCUGCAGCUGUAGACGUUUUACAGAUUAAGUUUGAUGCAGUAAUGAAACGCAAAAGUGAGCUGCAGGUCCACUAUGACUCUGUGGUCAAGGAGAGGGACAACUUCCAGAACAAAUUCAACAACCUUUCUAGAUCAAGUGAAAAAAUGCAACUGAGUUACUUUGACUUGAUUAAGAACUUUGAGGACUUACAGGCCAGAUUCAACUACUCCAGCAGUGAGAAAGGCAAGAUAGAAAACAGCCACCAAAAUGUGACGGCGGAACGAGACCAACUGCAGCAGGCGUUGAACAUCUUGAAAGUGAGCACGGGGACGUUGCAGUCUUCCUGUAUGUUAUUGACAAGGGAAAAAACAGAACUGGAAAAAAGUUGCAAAAAUGUGACCGACGAAAGAGAUGCACUGACAGUGAAAAUCAGCAACUUGACAGCAGAGAGAGAUGACCUCCAGGCCCGGGUGCAACAAAUGAACAUGACCAUAAAAGACAAGACGUGUCCAGAUAGCUGGAGGAAGUUUGAGUACAGUUGCUACUACACCUCUAUCGGCAAGAAAUCUUGGAAGAGCAGCAGAGAAUACUGUCAAAGCAAAGGAGGUGACCUGGUCAUCAUCCAGAGCCAGAGUGAAAUGACCUUCAUUAAUGGCUUAUACAUGGAUGACAAAGAAGCUUGGAUUGGACUGUCUGACUCAGGAGUUGAAGGAACCUGGAGAUGGGUGGACGGGUCACCACUGACCCACACGUACUGGGCUCAAGGCCAGCCCAACAGCUACAACGGUCGAGAACAAGACUGUGUGGAGUUCUGGCAUCGUGCCACAAAACAAGGAGAGUGGAACGACGAGAACUGCACUAUAGAGCAGAACUGGAUCUGUGAGAUGUAGGUUCUUCUGAUCUUCCAAUAAUAAAUAAGUGCUGCAGCAGGGCGAAAGAAACGGUUUUGAAAUUAGCAGCUAACUUCAGUGAUUUGUGUUUAUCAGCUACUUUAAAUAGACAGCCUCCAUGUUCAUUAAAGGAGCAGCUGUAGGAGAGUGGAGCAGAAACAGACACACACUGACAGACCACAAACUAUCGGUCCACUGUGUAUGAUGGAGUUUGAACAUGCUGGGUUCCCACUGACCAUUUCUGAACAGUUUCAUUGGGCCCAUAUUGAUCCUGAUUGACACACACACACACAAAAAUAUGCAAUCAUUUAAAAACAAACAAACCAACAUAUCCUCCUUUUAACAAUUUAUUCAAUUUAGGCCACAAUAGACCAGUCUGUAUUAUACUGUUGACCGUCACGGUCCACAUAUCUUUGUUGAAUCAUAUACACACACACACACAUAUAUAUAUGUAUAAGGAAAAGAAAAAUAAUGAAAAGAAAAUGAAAGGCUUUUUAUUGCAAUUAUUUACAUGUGUAUCAAAAAAGCAAUAUUUGACACAUUUAGCAAGAGGUUGGAUUUCAAAAUAAUUUCUAUUAUCAACUCAAUCAAUAAACAUAACCAUGAACUCAAA